AUUUUGCCAGACCAACAGGGACAGCUCCGAGGUUGACUCACCAGAACGUUUCUGGCAACAAACUCCCAAGGCUGCUGAAUCUUGCGACGACUGGAGCUUGAGUCUGCUAGGUUCGGGUGUCUAACCAGCAUCGAGAUCAUUUAACUCCUCCUCCCGUUGCGACCUCAUUCCUGCAACACAAACGUCGACGACAGCAACCAAAUCGGGCAACCGAUCAAGGACCAACCAUGGCGGACGGCGUUGCAGAUGCUGCCGCCAAGCUGCAACUCGGCGAUGCGCCAACUGAAAACGGUGCAAAGCUUCAGCUCGACGAGGAGACGGGCGAGUGGGUCUCCAAAGGAGAGCUGAAGAAGCGCCUGGCGAAGCGCGCAAAGAAAGCCCUGAAGGAGAAGAACAAGGACGCGAAGGACACUACUGCCGCCGCCAAGGUUGCCCAGGACGGAGCCGCACCGAAGAAGACAAAGGAGAAGACAGAGGAUGGCCCUAUCGACCCCGAUGCCAUGUUCAAGCAAGGUUUCUUGGCCGACGUAUACAACGAGCGUCCCGAAAAAGAGGUGUUUACGCGGUUUCCUCCCGAACCCAAUGGGUUUCUCCAUAUCGGCCACGCCAAGGCCAUUGCCGUCAACUUCGGCUUUGCAAGAUAUCACGGUGGCAAGUGCUAUUUGAGGUUCGACGACACCAAUCCCGAGGCCGAGGAAGAAGUCUACUUCACGGCGAUCGAGGAGAUGGUCCGCUGGCUCGGCUUCGAACCAUACAAGAUCACAUACUCGAGCGACAACUUUGACAGGCUUUACGAGCUCGCCGAGAAGCUCAUCAACAUGGGCAAGGCCUACGUCUGCCAUUGCGGGGAUGAGGAGAUCAAGCUUCAGCGCGGUGGCGAAAAGGGGACGAGCCCGCGCUAUCGGUGCAAGCACGCCGAGCAGUCGCCGGAAGAGAACCUCCAAAAGUUCCGCGACAUGCGCGACGGCAAGUACAAGCCGAAGGAGGCUUUCUUGCGGAUGAAGCAGGACAUCACAGACGGAAACCCCCAGAUGUGGGACCUUGCCGCUUAUCGUGUGUUAGACAAGCCCCAUCACAGAACCGGCACGAAGUGGAAGAUCUAUCCCACCUACGACUUCACGCACUGCUUGUGCGAUAGCUUCGAGGGCAUUACCCACUCGCUCUGCACGGUCGAAUUCUUCCUAAGCAGAACCUCGUAUGAAUGGCUGAACAAGCAGCUCGUAGAGUUCCAGCCCAUGCAAAGAGAGUAUGGCCGUCUCAGCAUCCAGGGCGCGAUCAUGUCCAAGCGCAAACUGAAGGAGCUCGUGGACAAGAAGAUUGUACGGGGCUGGGAUGACCCCCGCCUCUCCACCCUUAUUGCAGUCCGCCGGAGGGGCGUUCCCCCGGGUGCCAUUCUGGAGUUCGUCAACGAGCUCGGCGUUACCACGACCAACAGCAUCAUCCAAAUGUCGCGAUUCGAGCAGACCAUCCGGCGCUACCUCGAACGGACGGUGCCGAGGCUGAUGCUGGUCCUCGACCCGGUACCUGUUGUGAUCGAAGACGCCGACGAGUUCGAUGGCACCGAGGUCACGUUGCCAUUCUCGCCAAAGAAUCCCGCCAUGGGUGACCACAAGGUCAAGUUCACCAAGACGGUUUAUAUCGACCGAUCCGACUUCCGCGAGGUUGACAGCAAGGACUACUUCCGUCUCGCGCCGGGCAAGACGGUGGGCCUGCUGCAGGCGCCUUUCCCUAUCAAGGCGACCAGCUUCACCAAAGACGAGGCGACCGGAAAGGUGACCGAGAUUCGUGCCGUCUUUGACCGCGAGGUCAAGAAGCCCAAGACCUUCAUCCAGUGGGUUCCCGCCGGUGAGGGUUCGGGAUCUCGCAAGUGCGAGGUGCGCGUCUACAACCGGCUGUUCAAGUCGGAUAACCCAUCCGCUGCCGAGGGCGGCUUCCUCAGCGAUCUCAACCCCGAGAGCGAGAUCGUGUACCCCAACGCCGUGAUCGAAUCUGGCUUUGAUGAAGUCAAGGCGCGGGCACCCUGGCCGGAGGCUGCUGGGGAGGACAAGCGUGGCAAGGGCGGCCCGGAAUCGGUGCGGUUCCAGGGCAUGCGCGUGGCGUACUUCGCCAUGGAUUCCGAUAGCACAGACGACAAGAUUGUGCUCAACCGCAUAGUCUCACUCAAGGAGGACAAGGAGAAGAGCUGAAACUCCGUAGACCUGCGUUUGCUAGCUAGAAAGCGCGUAUCAAUCAUAGACCUCUAGUUGUCCGUGACAUUCCGGUCGUUUCAGUGUCUUAUGGGGAGCACAGCGUAGACGGUUUGGCCGUUGUGUGGCUUAAUGUCCUACCGGUACUGAAACGUACGAAGAGGCCAGCCCUGUCUUUUUUAAUUAUUAAACAGAAUUGGGCAAGCAGUUAGUUUUCAUGAAACACAAGGUAGGCAAACGGAUGUUUGGUCGCUUAGCCGUCCCACAAAGAUUGCUUGCGUGGGUGAAAUAACUGAACGGUACAUUUUCUCAACGUCUCACUUUGGUAGCGGCUCACGAUC